AUGAAUACUACGCAAAGAAGUGAGAGCAUCAAUUCUUUUUUUGACUCCUUUGUUAAUGCAACCACAACACUGCGAGACUUUGUAGUAAAAUUUGAGAAGGCAAUCAACAACCGCUAUGAGGCUGAAAAAAGAGAGGACUUUGAGUCCAGACAUAAAUCACGCAGUUUGGGUAUUGGCUCAAAAAUUGAAGAGCACGCUGCGUCAAUCUAUACCAGAAAUGUGUUUCGUAAGUUUCAGAAUGAGCUUAUUAGAGUCAACCAUUUUAUAAAGGAGAAGAUUGAGAAAAAUGGUUCACAAUGUAAGUAUCAAAUUUCUAAUUGUUUCGAUACUCGGGAUAACUUCAUUGUUGAUAUAAAUUUAGAGUCAAAGGAUGCUUCAUGUGGCUGUCAACUUUUUGAAUUUAUGGGAAUCAUAUGUAGACACAUAUUGGUAAUCUUUCAAGCAAAAAAUAUUAUUCAAAUUCCUAGCCACUAUAUCAUGCAACGUUGGACUAAAGAAGCCAAUAAAUGCAUUGAGGCAGACGAUAUUGAUAUCUCAAAUCAUGAUUCAGACAUUUUGAGAAGUUUGCAUGUGCAACGUCAAUUUAGCAGACUUUCUGAUUUGGCUAAAAGAUCAGAAUAUGCGUACAAGUAUAUUGUGACAGAACUUGAUCGUAUUUAUGACGUGGCCAGCACUAUGAAGACAAAAAUGCUUGAUGUCAAUGAAGCUCCUAUAGAGUCUAGUCAGCAAAAUUUGAUAUGUGACAUAGCAUAUGAUGAUUCAAAUUUCAAUAUCAAGGAUCCAUACAUAUCACAAACAAAAGGUAGAAAAAGGAAGGAUUCUGACAAACAGGCUUUAACAGGAAGGUACAAAGGUGGUCUUGAAUUAUCAAUACAUAAGUCAUUGAUUAAAAGGAGAGCAUGUAAAUCCUGUGGAGAAUAUGGUCACUAUCAAUCAACUUGCAAAAAACAAAAGACAACCUAA